AGUGAGAUUCUUUACGUCAGUGAGUGCAGGUGGCCACGCGCGACUUCUGUGAAGAUUUUAAUGAUACUCACGUAAUUCUUGUUAUUGUAUUGACAUCGCUCCGAAAUUAGUUUUGGGGUGCUAGUGAAACAAAUCCUACUGACAAGAUGCCAGUAGAAAACGAUACUUCUCAUCAAAACGGCCAGCAGGACGCGGGUGGCGGCGGAGGUAAUGGAAAUGUUCCUACUGAAACUUCUUCACAGCCCCAGCAGGCUCCGGAGCCCAAUGCCACCAUCGUCAAUGGAACACACGCCAAGGUGUCAGACGCCCCCGAGGACCAGCUAGCAAAGGAUGCGCCCAAAGACGCUAAAAAGAGCGAUGGGAGCGCCAGCUUCCUGCGGGCGGCACGGGCGGGGAACCUGGAGAAGGUGCUGGAGUUCCUCAAGACCAACACGGACAUCAACACCUGCAAUGCGAAUGGGCUGAAUGCACUGCAUCUGGCCAGCAAAGAGGGGCAUGUGAAUGUUGUACGCGAGCUGCUCCAGCGCGGCGCCAAUGUGGAUGCCGCCACAAAGAAGGGGAACACAGCUCUUCAUAUUGCCUCCCUUGCUGGUCAGGAGGAGAUCGUGAAGGUGUUGGUGCAGCACCAAGCUCUGGUCAACAUCCAAUCCCAGAAUGGCUUCACACCGCUCUACAUGGCAGCCCAGGAGAACCAUGACAGUGUGGUGCGCUUCCUCCUGGCCAACAAUGCCAACCAGAGUCUUGCUACUGAGGAUGGAUUCACUCCGCUGGCAGUCGCCCUGCAGCAAGGACACGACAAGGUGGUAGCGGUGUUGCUGGAAAAUGAUACUAGAGGGAAGGUGCGCCUCCCUGCUCUUCACAUUGCUGCCAAGAAGGACGACACAAAGGCUGCUGCUUUGCUUCUUCACACCGACCACAACCCUGACGUCACCUCUAAGUCAGGGUUCACUCCACUGCACAUAGCCUCCCACUAUGGCAACGAAAACAUCGCUAAUCUCCUCAUCCAACGUGGUGCUGAUGUAAAUUAUAUUGCCAAGCACCAAAUUACUCCUCUACAUGUGGCCUCUAAGUGGGGCAAAGGAAACAUGGUGUCAUUGUUGAUUGACAAAGGAGCAAACUAUGAGGCUAAGACCAGGGAUGGCCUCACGCCUCUCCACUGUGCUGCCAGGUCCGGCCACGAGGCAGUGGUGGACAUGCUCUUGGAGAAAGGGGCUCCAAUCACCAGCAAAACAAAGAAUGGCUUGGCUCCACUGCAUAUGGCUUCUCAAGGGGAUCACGUUGAUGCUGCCCGAAUCCUUCUCUACCACAAGGCUCCUGUUGAUGAUGUCACAGUCGACUUCCUCACAGCUCUUCAUGUUGCUGCUCACUGUGGACACGUCCGAGUGGCCAAGCUUCUUCUGGACCGUAAAGCUGAAGCCAACGCACGAGCUCUCAAUGGCUUCACUCCCCUCCACAUUGCUUGUAAAAAGAACAGGAUCAAGGUGGUGGAAUUGCUCCUCAAACAUGGUGCCAGCAUUGAGGCGACUACAGAGUCAGGGCUAACUCCCCUCCAUGUGGCUUCCUUCAUGGGCUGCAUGAACAUUGUGAUAUACCUGCUCCAACACUCUGCCACUGCUGAUGUGCCAACCGUUCGAGGAGAAACGCCACUCCACCUUGCUGCUCGGGCCAACCAGACCGACAUCAUCCGCAUACUGCUGAGGAAUGGAGCGCAAGUGGAUGCCAGAGCCCGGGAACAACAAACAGCACUGCACAUUGCAUCGCGACUGGGCAAUAGUGAUAUUGUGGUACUGCUUCUCCAACACGGGGCUGCUGUUGAUGCCACCACCAAGGACCACUACACAGCCCUGCACAUUGCUGCCAAGGAGGGCCAGGAGGAGGUGGCCAGUGUGCUGCUGGAGCAUGGCGCCUCCCUCACCUCCACCACCAAGAAGGGAUUCACACCUCUCCAUCUGGCGGCCAAGUAUGGAAACAUGAAGGUUGCUCGUUUACUGCUCCAGAAAGAUGCUCUUGUUGAUGCUCAAGGGAAGAAUGGUGUCACUCCCCUUCAUGUGGCAGCUCACUAUGACCACCAGAAUGUGGCACUACUGUUGUUAGAUAAGGGAGCCUCCCCUCAUGCCACUGCCAAGAACGGCUACACACCUCUCCACAUCGCUGCUCGCAAGAAUCAAAUGGACAUCGCCACCACCCUGCUGGAGUAUGGUGCCAGUGCCAAUGCUGAGUCCAAGGCUGGCUUCACACCGCUUCAUCUGAGCUCUCAGGAGGGUCACACUGACAUGGCCACACUCCUGAUUGAGCACAACGCUGCGCCCGGUGCUUGCGCUAAGAAUGGACUGACGCCACUACACUUGUGUGGCCAGGAGGACAGAGUCAAUGUUGCCGCCAUCUUAGUCAAGCACGGUGCUCAGAUUGAUCCAGUGACGAAGGCUGGCUACACACCUCUGCAUGUCGCCUGUCACUUUGGACAGAUGAACAUGGUGCGCUUCCUCCUCCAACAUGGAGCCAAGGUCAACUCUACCACUCAACUUGGCUACACACCACUCCACCAGGCAGCUCAGCAGGGCCACACCCAAAUUGUCAACUUGCUGCUAGAAAACAAGGCCGAACCAAACACGGAGACAAACGACGGCAAGACGGCGCUGAGCAUUGCUCAGCGUCUCGGCUACAUCUCUGUAGUCGAGACGCUGAAGAUAGUCACUGAGACCACCAUCAACACCACCACCACCACCACCACCGAGGAGAAGUACAAGGUGGUGGUGCCGGAGACAAUGCAUGAGACCUUCAUGAGCGAGUCUGAGGAUGAGGGAGGUGACGACACUAUGGUCUCCUCCAUGUUCGGUAAGCCGCAGCACGUCACCCUCCCGUACUAUGAAGGACAGUUUCGCUACACCAGUGAUGAUACGAUGUUGGGUGACCAGUCAUAUCGCUAUCUCACUGUGGAUGAGAUGAAGUCACUUGGCGAUGAUUCCCUCCCAAUUGAUGUGACAAAGGACGAAAAGAUGGAUAUGUCCUUCAGCAGCAACCAAAUGGCAGCUCCUCCUGUUGCUCCAGCCGAUCACCUGAGUCCCCAGCACCAGAAGGAACACUAUGCCCAAAUGACAGCCAGUUAUCCUGCUGACAAUGUGGACGUUGGCAAGACGCCCAUUCUUGCUGGACCCGAGUCCCUGAACACCACUCUCAACACAACCAUAGACUCAGCCAUGAUUGAGGCUCAGAUUGAGCCUCAAAUCAUCCAAACCAAGUUGGCUCCUCAGCAAAUGGUUGAGAACAACACAGACUUAGCCAACAAUGGGUCUGUGUCUGAAAAGGCAGCAGAGAUUCUCAAUGGGUGGGAAGGGUUCUUGGUGAGUUUCAUGGUUGAUGCCCGUGGUGGAGCCAUGCGAGGCUGCCGCCACUCUGGUGUGCGAGUCAUCAUCCCACCUCGCAAGGCUGCCAUGCCCAUGAGGGUCACUUGCCGCUAUCUGAAGAAGGAUAAAUUAGUCCAUGCUCCUCCCCUGAUGGAGGGCGAAGCACUAGCAUCCCGCAUCCUGGAGAUGGGUCCUGCAGGUGCCAAGUUCUUAGGCCCUGUGAUAAUUGAGGUCCCACACUUUGCAUCUCUGCGUGGAAAGGAGCGUGAGAUUGUGAUCCUUCGUUCUGACAACGGUGAAACGUGGCGAGAGCACACCCUGGAGGCCACCGAGGAGGCAGUGCAGGAGGUCCUUAACGAGAGCUUUGAUGGUGAAGAGUUGAAGCAACUGGAAGACCUCAACACCAAUCGCAUCACCAGGAUCUUGACUACUGACUUCCCUCAGUACUUUGCCAUUGUGACUCGCAUCAGACAAGAGGUUCAUGCGAUUGGUCCAGAGGGAGGAAUGGUAUCAUCCACUGUGGUGCCACAGGUGCAGGCUGUUUUCCCUCAAGGAGCUCUUACCAAGAAGAUCAAAGUUGGACUUCAGGCUCAACCAAUCCCGACUGACUUGGUUGCUAAACUCUUGGGCAACCGAGUAGCUGUCUCUCCAAUAGUGACUGUGGAGCCACGCCGCCGCAAAUUCCACAAGCCCAUCACCCUCACCAUCCCAGUGCCUCAAGCCUCCAGCAAAGGCAUGAUCAACCAGUACUCGGGUGAGGCUCCCACGCUGCGUCUUCUCUGCUCCAUUACGGGGGUGUUUCGGAAAAGAUCUUUGAAAGGCGGCACAACCCGUGCCCAGUGGGAGGAUGUGACAGGUUCAACACCUCUCACCUUUGUCAAUGACUGUGUAAGCUUCACCACCACUGUUUCGGCAAGAUUCUGGCUCAUGGAUUGUAGCAACAUACCAGAGGCAACCAAAAUGGCUACUGAACUGUACCGUGAGGCAAUUCACGUACCCUUCAUGGCCAAGUUUGUUGUGUUCAGUAAGAGGCAUCAACUGGAGGAAGCAAGAAUGAGAGUCUUUUGUAUGACAGAUGACAGAGAAGAUAAAACUUUAGAGCAUCAGGAGCUUUUUGUGGAAGUUGCCAAAUCUCGAGAUGUUGAAGUUUUGGAAGGUAAACCACAGUUCCUAGAAUUUGCUGGAAACCUAGUUCCAGUAACUAAGUCUGGAGACCAGCUUGCCUUCAACUUCUAUGCGUUCCGUGAAAACCGCCUUCCAUUCACUGUCCGUGUGAAGGAUCAACAUGCUGAUCCCAUUGGUAGAGUGGCAUUCAUGCGGCAGCCAAAGGUUGGGCGUGGUGAUCCCCCUCAAACCCCCAUCUGUAACCUCAACAUUGCCCUGCCUGACAACAUCCAACCCGAACCUGCGCCCUCAGAGCCUGACCUCCUUGCCUUGGAGAAGAAAUACUCUUUCUUAUCCAUUAGCAAAGCAGACACCAUCCACAGGGCAAAUCUUCGCCUCACUGACAUCUCUAACAUGCUGGGUACGGACUGGGUGGCUCUUGCACACGAGCUGGAAGUCACUGACUCUGACAUCAACAUCAUCAAGUCCCAGUACCCAGACAAUGCUCCUCAGCAAGCAAUUGUCAUGCUCAGGCUUUGGAUGCAAACUGCAGGAAACAAGGCUUCUGGGAACACUGUUGGGAAGGCCUUGCGAAAGAUCAAUCGUGAAGACAUUGUGAAGCAGUGCAUCUUCAAUGUAGAAGUGGUCACUGAUGACAUUGAAAGAGCAAUGGCAAAGGCACACUUCGACCAGUCUGGGUUUGACACCUUCAAGGAUGAGCUUGGCCCUUCGAGGGAUGCAACACUCAACAGGGAUGUCUCCUUGGACGUCUCAUAUGAUGAGCAGGACAUGAUGAAGGAGGCAGAAAGUGCAGAGGAGGAAGAGGAGAACCAAAGAGCAUACCACGACAAGAGCAGUCGGGAGCAGCACACUGCCGACUUAUCACCAACUUACGAGAGUGAGGAGAAGAAAUAUGCCGGCGAGGAAAAGGUUGUCACUGAUGAAAAAGUGACCAAGGAGGAAGCUGCUGAUGAUUCCACCACUUUUACCUCAUUCACUGCCACAUCUACACCAAUUAAAAGAGACACCAAGGAAGAAGAAAAACUUGAGACAGAUAAGAAAGAUAAGGCUUCAAAGCCAGCACAAAUUGUCCCUGACACUCUUCAAGAAAGCAAAGAAGAAACCACUGUCACUGAUAAAGAUGCCAAAAAACCUGUGGAAGAAUUAGUAACUAAGGAAAGUAUUUCCAAAGAGGAACCAAAAAGUUUGGAGAAAGAAAAGCCUGUUACUGUUGUAAAAGAAAAAAUUAAAGAGAAAGAAGAUGAUACAACACCUAUGGUUAAGGAAAAGGUCAAGCCUGAAGAGAAAAAGGAAAAAGAUGAGAAGCCAGAGGCUUCACAAAAAGAGCCUGAGAAAACUGUCACUUCAACAACAAAAACAGAGGUGGUUGGUGGGCCCAAAGACAUCACAACAGUCACCACAGAGACAAAAUCCUACACAACAGCUGAGGAUGGAUCUGUACAAGAGCAUAUAGUAGUGAAGAAACAAACCAGCAAAGUUGUUGAUGGAAAGGAGAUGGAAGAGGACAAAUCAGCUAUUCUUCAGAAACUUGGAGAAGAACUUGGCAAACUGGAUGAGCAGCUGGAGGAAAAGUUCAAGAAGAGAAAAGCUGAGAAACCAGAAGUGGUACAAGAGGAGGUGAAAGAGGAGGCAGUAGUUGCACAGCGCCGUGAGGGCCAGACCCAGCCCACCUCACAGGUUGUGGUAGAACACGGCUCAGAGCCACCCACUCUCCCAGCUACCACAACCACCACAACCACCAGCAUCACUCCCAUCCCAGAUGGUUUCACUCAGGCGUCUGUUGAGUCCAGCCAGAUGUCCUCCACACGGGGCACCGCUGAUGUGAGCUUUCCGGGUGCUGAUACAGCAGUAAAGCAGCUUGAUGGAGCCUUAACCCAGCAGACGGUGCCCUGGAUAGAAGAUGGAAGGAUAUCCCAUGAAGACCUGCCUCUACAAUCUUCAUACCAUAAGAAGGGACACUCUCAAGCCAUAUCUGCAAUCUUACCUGCUGAUCAAGCACAUAGCAACCGGACAGAAGAGCGAGGCUGCAGUCCCAUUACUGUGCUGGAGGCAAGACACAAUGCAGAAGAAAUGUCGGGAAAACUCCAUGCAAGAGGAAGCUCACACACCAUCACUACCACUACCAGCUGGGGUGCACCUCUCUCAGCAACAACUAAUAUUCAGAUUGAGGAUGAAAACUCACCUCAUUGCCUACAAUUCACAUUGCACUCUGAGAGUCGUGUCACCCUUCAUGCCUCAAAGGACGUCAUUCAGGACCUGCAGCUUGUUAAGCAGCAACAAGAACAAAAGCAACCACAAGAGUUAUAUCAGACAUCAUCAGAAAAGAAGUACCAUGAAGGGACUUCAGACUCCUGUGUUCCAGAGGAAAUAUUUGAUAGGAAUGAAGAUCAAGAAACACAUGAAAAAUUAGACAAACUAUUAGAUAUAUCAACUGCUGAAAAACCUUUACUGAAAAGUGAAGAGAUAGAAACUUCAGAUUUGAAACACUCUGAGUAUAGGCAAAAGGAUAGUAUUAAUGAAAAAAUAGUGAGUCAAACGGAAAAAGAAAUUAUAUCCUCUAAUGUUACCAGAGUGGAAGAUGCACCAGAAGUUUAUUCCACUUCAGUAGUGUUUUCGUCUGAAGACAAAAUUGUUCCUAGAGAGACAAGUGCAGAAGAGGCAAAGAGAGUGACACCUGAAACCAUAAAUAGUGAAGCUUUAGCAGCUUUAGGUGAUGAUCAUGACCAGGCAGCAAGUGAAGUCACAGCAUCAUCAGCACACCGUCCAACAACACUCAUGAUAACCUCGAAUUCUAACGAAUCGUCCGACGAUGCAGAAUGCACAACGAACGACCCCACCAGACUUGGUGGGGAAAACGAUAUUCCUCAGGAUCCUGAACAAGGAGGAGGUAUGGCAGGUGAAGAAGAAUCCAAACAAGAAGAAUCUGACAGAAAGCAAUCCACAGCAGUGGGUGAACGACUGUCUGGUAGUGAGAGUGGUGCAGUGCCUCGCCUUGAGCGCUCCAUGCGCUCCUCGCCUCGCACCACAACUUUGGUCAAAGUGAAAGUGGAGAAGAGGCCAGUGGGAAGCCAUUCCCAAGUGCGAGACAGAAACUCUCAUGACCACAUGACAGUCGUUCGCACCCAUUCUGUGGAGGAAGAAGUGCGUGGCUUGAUGCAGGAGGUGAAGGAAGCCACCAGCCAAAUCAAACAGGAAGUAAAAGAGCUGCGGCAAGCAGACACACCCACUCCUGAUACUCCCACACCUCUUAGGGAGUUCAAAGAAUUUUUAAAUCGAGAAGAAGAGCAGGAGCAGGAACGGCUGCCCACGAUAAAAGAAAUAUGCCGUGAAAGUGAGGAGGAUUCUUCUGCUGGUAUGGGAGCUCCUAGUAUCUUUGGUAAACGACCAGGAAUAGAAUCCUUCUUCUACAAAGGUUUUUUCCUUCCGUCAGGGACCCAUGAGGCAAGUCAGCCUACUGAGCAUCAGACUUCACUUCCCCAAGAACAAGCCGCCUCCAGCCAACCUACUUCAGGCACCAAGGCAGGCUCAGCUGACGGCAAGACUAAACUUACGGAAGCUGAUCUGGCAGUAUUGGAAAGCAUGGUGGUAGCUCAGGAAGCUGAAAUGGAAGAGAUGGCAUUCAAAAUUGAAGCAGAAGCUGCUCAAGCAAAAAUAGAGCUUGAAGGAUCUUACCUAACAAACAAUGAUGCUGUCAGUAUUGAGAAAGGAAUGGAGAAACAGAUGAUAAGGAACAAACCUGUGAAUCAAAAAGCUGAUGUGCCUGUUCAUUCUUCAGUUUCCAUCUCACCAUUUAAAUCUGAGAGCUUAAGAUGUACCGAUACUGACACUGGGCAACACCAUGGUGACCCAUCCAAAAAGACUACAGGUGUUGCUUCAAUGGCAUCAGCACGGGAAAGCAGUAAAGCAGUAGCUGAAGCACCAGAAGCAAGUCAUAUAUCUAGUGAUGAAGGAGAAGAACAGCUGAUGAUCAUGCGUGAUUCUCCACGAUGGGAGGAUGAAGAGAUCCAAGCUGAAGAGAGUGAUGAACCGAGAACCAUUAAAGCUGAAAUAAAGCUUUUGGUUAAAACUACAGAAGUAGGCAAAGAAUCAAUAGAAAUUAGGAGUAUUCGGGAAUUUGUGGAGAAUGAAAAUGCAGAUGUGAUCAGCUCUGAAGGAGUUGUACAGUCUCCAGCUGUUGAUUCUAGUCAGUUAGUUCCUGGGGAUGUACAGCACCUACAGAGCACCUCAUCAGAUCUGUGUUCUCCCAGUCCUAAAUUUACUCGACCACAAGUGGCGUCCACAUAUUCGUCCAUCUGUGAGCCAACACAAGAUGAGUUUGAUCUCAUGGCUCAAGUGCGAGACGGUGGCCUUCAUGGUGGUUGUCCUGAAGCACAAGGCAUGGACUGGGAGGGGAAAAGUGUAGACAGCAUGUUAACUGAAAGUGUGAUGCAGGCUAGACUCUCCAUGCUCCCUGCAGUGGACACCAACGAGGGUGUCGCCCUCCCCUCACAACCUUCCUCCACCUCUCCUCCUGUAGCCUCAACACACUUAUCCUCUCCUUCUAAUCCAGACCUACCUUUUCUUACCACCUUACAGCCCCAGGCUUCAUCCUCACAAGAUUCCCCUGGAAAUAAAUCUCAAACAUUUUUACAUCUUGAACCUUCUCAUCUGCAUGAUUCUAAUUCUUUUGAACCUCAGGGCUUUGAUGUAUCUCCAUCUUCUGCAACUAAAUUAUCAGAUCCUGUUUUACUAGAAAGAAGUUUUGUUUGUGGUGCUGAAGCUAGUACUGCUAGCCAUCUUGUGGCCUCUCCCUCAAUUGCUUCCCUGCAGUCUGAAAGUUUUACGCCCUUCAUUGCGACUGAGGAGCUGGGUGCUGCCAGUGUAACCUUUAACACAAGCAGUGCUAUGAUUUCCAUGGGGCCAGUAUCACCCACUGAAAAUUCUAGUGAAGACCAUGCUGAAAUUGAGCGAACAAGUACAGAAAUUUCUCCAGACAGUGUGCGCUUUGACCAAGACAUCCUUGACACCAGGACUGAAGACGAGGCCCCUGACCUAGAUGACGAUCUAAUCCCAAGCUCCCCUGUGCCCGGACAGGAACUCAGUGAGAGAGUCUUUUCCAUUGAGGCCACAGAAGACACAGAUAUAACAACACCAAUGGAAAUGAGAGACUCUCACACUGAGCGAGAUGCCUCUGCCUCUAAUCUCAUUGAAGAUAAAGAAGUCACUGAUGGAAAAUCUGACCUCAAAGAACCUCUUCCUAUCUCAGAUAAAGAUGAAAACAAUGCUUACUUAGCACAAGAAGUUAAUGAUAUAAUAAAUAAAGUGAAUAGAUUGCAAGAGCAAGUAAAAGCCAAAGAAAUAGAUCCGAUAUCAGCAAGAUCAGAAAUUAAGGUGAUUCUCAACACUUUAGAUGAUGUGAGAGAAGUUAUAGAAGAGAGCAAGGUUGAAGAUGACUCUGAAGCUAAUGUAGUUGGUAUUGACAUACUAUCAAAUAUUGACUCAGUUGGAGAAAUGGUGAUGCAAAUGAUGAAAGAGUUGCAUCUAACAGAUCCUGAGCAUUCUGAGUUUUGGUCCAAAGAUGAAGCAAAAGUAAGUCAUGAAACAGAGUGUGCAGUUGCAGAAACUAUUACCACUGAAGAUAAAAGUCCCCCAAGUGCAAACCAACCAGACCAAAGUUUCUCUGACCUCAUAGACUCAGAGGAAUUCAAUCGUGACAGCCUAGAGGAUGAAUUUGACCGCCUUACGGCUGAUCUCAGUUCACCUCCAAAAUCUGACAAAAUUGAAUUCAUACCAAAAGCCAUUGGUGCUACUGCUCCUUCUAAUGAUCUGUCUUUUCCUGUCUCUUCUGUUGUUCACCCCCCCAUACCUCCUGAUGCUUUUCAGGCCACACAACUGGAAUCAGAUGUGGGAGUGGUGUUUACAGAACGUAAAGAGUAUGGGGGCGGGGUGAAGACAUCUGCAGAGACGACAGGCGGACACUCGCACAUUUCACCCUCACCUGUCCUUCAUCCUUCCCAGAGCAUCCAGUCCUCAUCCUCUGCCUCAUUCCAACAAAAACUUCCUUGCACAACUUCUGUAAAUGUUGAGGACACUCAGAGUUCUCAUGAUGAACCUCACGUUCCGAGUAGACCAAGUAGAAGGCAUGAACGCACAUUCUCUCAGGCAACUAAUAUCUUUACUGGAGCAAUUCCCACAGAAACAAAGGUCGAGUCAAAGAAAGUUGAAGACAUCAAAGAGGAACAAGUAGGAAUAACUGAAGACAUUAAACCUUAUUCUGAACGUAAACAGUUCUGGGAAAGCGUCACGUCUCAGUCUUUUGAGUCAAAAAGUAGUCAUUUAUUGAAAAGUGAAACUGAGAGUGACACUGAUACUACAGGUACUGAUGGAACUGUCCUUGAACAAAAGGUAAGAAAGACAAAAGUUUCUUCAACAGAAAGUAAUGAUUCUGAGUCAGAGUACCUUGCUCAGAGAGUUGAUCCUAGAUUUUAUGAAAAUGCAGGUUUUGCUGGAACUGAAAAGAUUGAUGUAUCUACAGAAUCAGCCAGAGAGAGAACAAUUAGUCCUUUUGAGGUCUUACGCUCAGGAGAACCAAUGACUGAACUUCCUUCACCGGAAGACAUAGCAUUUAAGGAUGUGUCAUCUAAGAGAGCUCUUUUUGAAAAGGAAAUAAAAAGACAGUCAAUGGAAAUUGAAGAGAGUCAAUCAUGGAAGAGAUCUUCAAAAGAAUAUGAUGAGACAUUAGUGGUAUCAGAAGAAACUGCAUCUAGUACUUUGAAAAAGAAGGAAGAGAGGGAAAGUAAAAUUAGUGAAACUAUUGAAAAGGAUAAAGAAAUAAAGAAAAAGUUUGAAAGUAAGAAAGAUGAUUUAUCAAAAACUGAUUUCAAGACAGAAAUCACAUCUAAAAGUGAUAAAUCAAGCAGUGUGGAAGACAGAUCAGAAGUGACAGAAUCAUCUAAAUUACAUCAGGAAAAAAUGCAAAAGAAGGAAGAAAAAGUAACAUCUGAACUGGGGGCUAUGGGCAAGAAAUCUGUUACGCAGAGGGAUGCCUCUACUGAAAAACGGGAGAAGGAAGUAUCUGAAAAGGAAGCAAAAAUAAUUCAUGAGAAGAAAGAUAGUUAUAGUAGAACUUUCUCAAAGUCAAUUUCAAAAUCAGAAGAAAAAACGGAAAGUUCAUCAGAAGCCAAGGAAACCGUCCACACAUUAUCAACUGAUGACCAAGACACUUCUAAAGAUGAAAUGACAGAGGAAGACAUUACCAGAACUGAGGAAACUUCUGAUGAAGAGCCUGAAGAGAAACUUGCCGCUGAUAAAACAACAGUGGAUGUGACGGAGGAGUCUCGCCAGUUAGGUGACACUAGAGAAACUGUUGUCAGAGAAACCACAACCACGAGAGAAGGAGACCAAGAGCAAAGAGUUGUCAAGGAAACAAAGACUCAAGAAACAGCAAUGGCUGAUGGCUCAACUAUCAAAACUACCUCAAUUACAACUUUCACAACACAAUUAGAAACAAAAGACCAAGAGGAAUCCAAACCCUACUCUGCAAAAACAGCUAAAGAAAAGGCAGAGGCUUAUGUAAAACAACAAAUGAAAUCUGACAUAUUUUCAGAGGAACUUUCAUCUUCUGCAGAAGACCAAAGUCCAGAGCAUAAGGUCUUAACUCCAAAAGAUACAAUUGCUCCUGUUUCUCGAGCACAGAAAUCACAUCCCUUAUCAAGCCCAAUCUUAGUACCAGAGGAAAAAAUUGAAGAUGUCGUCUGGGAGGUGUCGCAAGAACGAUCUGAAACUGUGUUGUCAGAAACUGUGGAAGACAUUCCUGUUCAACAGUCUUAUGAAACCCAACAUGUGAGGGACUUGUCAUCUGAUGAAUCGAGAGUGUUAGAAAAACCACAACCAGAACAAGCAACUGAAGCAACGAAGCAUAAGUUGAGUGAAGAGGAAGCACGAAAACUUGCAAUUGAAAUUGUGGAAGAAGUAAAAACUGAAGCUGUGAAACGCUCCCCCCUAGUCACUCCAUCACAGACUUUUCAAGAGUUUCCACAAGAACUUGAAGACACCACAGAUGGAGCUGCUCGGCCACCACUACCAAUCCCCAUCCCUGAAUCAGCAUUUACUCAAGAAACAACAACCAAAAUUGAAAAAUACAUUCAAGAACAAUUAGGGGAAGAGAUGGAUGAAAAGCAAUUAAAGCUCAUUGAGUCAGUGACAGCAAAAAAAACUGAAUUACUGCACAGAAAGCUAAUAGGUGGUCAGUAUCAGCAUAGUAUGGAAAUAACAGAUGAAGACCUGCGAUCUAGUGGAGCAGAACUCUCACCCAUUGAGCAUCACAUGGAACGCCUCCGCCAGAUGACUGAAGAAGAGGACAACCAGAGAUAUGCCAGAGAACCAUCGGAGGCUGAUGAAAGUGAAAGUUCAAUCAUUAUUCAUGACACAGUUGAUGAUGUCAUAUCAAGUGAAUAUGAUCAAGCCACCCAGAUGAUUUCAAAAACCCUAGAUUCGAUUAAAACAGCAGAUAUUAGUAGAGUUGAAAGACCCAUAGAUACAAUAGAAGAAUUACCUGAAACUCCUGUUAUGCCAGUAGUGGAAGUUAAGGAACGAAAGAUGUCAGAAGUUCAAGAAGUUGCCAGAUUUAGUGACAGUGACAUCAAGGAAACUGCAAGACAAAUUGUGAAAGAAGUGACAGAAAUAGCGAAAGAAUCUGAUGUAGUUAAGCAAGCAUCACAAGCCGCUGACUCCAAGCAGGCAUCAGGAGGCCAAGACCAGGCCAUAAGUUGUAGUCCAAAGUCUGGUUCCAAACCAGGAUCUAGAAAAGGCUCCUGGAUGGAUGAUGAAGACUUAACACGAGAAUUUCGUAAAGACUACGAAGAUAAAAAAAAAAUGUUCAAGGAAGAAAUGACUUCCGAUAAAUCAGACACUUCUGAUGCAAAAGAUGAUGGAGCUGUGAAAGUUAAACAUCAGAGGAGCAGUGAGUCCCAAAAGGAAGUUCCUAUGGAGUCAAGUAUGACAGAGAGCAUGGAAGAAUCAAGUGCUGUUGAAAGCAUUCGGUCCAUUGAGGGGAAAUUAAAGCAAGAAACUGUACCAGAAAUUAGGGAAGGAGAAAUUGAAAAAAAAAUUGAAGAGCGGUCUAGUAGUAGCCAUGAGGAAGUAGUCAUGAGAAAAAAAACACACAUUGAAGAAUUUAGCAGAAGAUCAGGAGCAGAUUUUGAUACAUAUUCCAGUUCUGGAGAGAGUCACUACUUCACUGCUGCAGAGGGAACAUCAGACAGCCGCACUGCCAGCAGACCUUGCUCUUCUGAUGUGGAAGCUUUAAUAUCUGAGCGUACAGGAACCUCAGAAUAUGACACAGCACUCACCUCACAGGACACUUCACAGUAUUCUAGUUACUCAUCUUCUUCUCGUGAAUACCGCACUGCUGCUAGUUCUAUGAGUUCAAGGGAUUCCAUGAAAUCAAUAGAUUCAGAAAGUUCUGGGAAUCUUGCCAGUGUAGAGCUCAGUGAGGCUUCUGAAACUCUUGUACCCUCUGCAAUGGAGCUUGAAAGAGAUAUGGACCUUUUAGAUCAAGAAAUAAUGGAAGAAGAUCAGUCUCAUUUUACUCAAGCCCAUCCUUCCAUCAUUCCACAGCUAACAGUUCAGUCUGAUACACCAAAAUCAGAAGGUGCACCAUGUACAUUUGACUUGGAGUCUGAUGAAGGAGAAUCUGAGCCAGAAGUGAAGGAGAAGGAACAUCAUGUUGCAUCAAGAAUGAAAAGAUCAGUUGAGAUGACAUUCCAUCCUGAGCCAGUACCUAUUGCAGAAUGUAAGAAAGGUGGAGUGACAGAGAGUGUAGCUUCUAGCUUAGAAGAAAGCACUUUAUCUGAAAUGUCAGUAGUAACUGUUGUAGAACGAGAAAGAAGCCUACAGAGCUCAGUUCACUCUGAACCCAGUAUGUCAGCUUCUGGUGUGUCAGAACAAAUGGCAUCGUCAUCAGAAUGCCCAGCAGCUGCACACUCUAUUAUGCGCACAGACAGUGGGGUUCUCACCACUGACACUGGAGAUGGUGACAUGGCCUUGCAUUCUGUAACAAUUACAGCAACAUCUGUUCCAUCAACAACAGAUUCAAGUACAGCUUCAAUGUGCACACAAGUAACAUCUGAGACACGCUCUCAAGCUGAACUUACAGAGAGCGAGCAGUUUUUUCACGCUAAUGGACCCACUGAAGUAGAUUACGUACCUGAGUAUGAUGAUGAAGUUAGAGGUGUGCGGCCAGUUGCAGCCCCUGUCUUACCCCCUAUCCAGGAGGUGUCAGGUGCUGUAGCUGGCCCUUCAGAGGGCCCACAGAAAGUCACUGUUGUUGAAGAAUGUUACGAAACUGAAGCUGAUCAAGAAUAUGGACAAAUGAUGCGAGAGAGUGAAUAUUCAGACAUGGCUGAAGCAGAACUUCAGUAUUCUUUGGAGGAACAGCCAGAAUCUGAAAUGAGCAGCAUGCUUGGAAUUGAGGAACCCAUUGAAAGACCAAAGACACCAGAACCAGGCUAUGUUCCUUCAUCCCGUCCUUCACAAGUAACCGCCCAAUCUCUUGAUGAAUCUGAGGAGUUUACAGAAGUUGAUAAGAGGUUUAGUGCUAUAUUUUCUACUACAUAUGAGGAGAGAGAAGAAGGUGCACGAUCACUGGUGUCAGGUCUGAGUGUGGAUAUCCCAGACAUAAGAGUCACAGAACACACAUUGCCCAUGCCCAGUCAGUAUUGUUAUCCUGACCUUGAGAGAGAGGAAGAUUUCCCUGAGUGCCAAGUGCAGGCUGAGGUAGAUGCAAGUGGCCAAGAUGUUCCAGCUACUCCUGGAUCACAAGAGUCUGCCUCCACUUGUGCUUCUCGGAAAUCUUCUUCAACUGACUCAGAACAAGGACGAGAAUAUUGUCUAGAUGAUGCUGCACAAGGGCUGCCAUUUGAGUCUUUUGAAAUGAUUGAAGCUGGUGACAUUGAAGACUUCUUAGAGUAUGAAAAGACACUAAGAAUGCACGAAAAGCGUAUGUUAGAAAUGUCCCAAAUACAAGAAGAAGAGGAGGAGGAAGUUGAGGAGGAACAACAAAAGGUUCAUACUUCUCCCAUUAUGCCCAGUCAGUUAAAGGCUGUCAAGCUUGAGGCAAAAAUUCUAAGGAGUAGUGACUCUCAGUCCCAGGUUUCUGAUGAAGGCAGUGAGGAAGCAGAUUCAACAAUAGAAGAACAAAGACGUUGGUUAGAACUUCAGUUUGAAGAAAGCAGUGUGUCCAACUUCGAGUAUUCUCAACCUUCAUACAUGCAGCAUGUGUAUUCAGGCCCCCUGGAAGACAUUGAGGAGGAGAAAGAAGAUGCUGAACGUAGAGAUCUAUCACAUGUUGUCAAAGGCUCCUCACUUUCCUCAACUCCUGAAUAUGAUGUUUUAGCUGGAAGAAAAUUUUUUACUCGCAGCGGUGAACACGAUGAUGUAUCAAUGAGUUCACUUCAGGAAUUUGAGAAUCUUGAGAGAUCAGUGGCUGUAGAUGCUGUAGCCAGGAGAUCAAGUUCAGGUUCACAAGAAUCUUUAAAUGGAAAAAAACCAGAAGGUAAGAGUGGACAAGGUGAUGACAUUUCUGUUGGUUCAUUUGCUUCUCUACAAGAAUUUGAACGCUUAGAAGAGGAAUGUUUAGAAGCGGAAAAUAUUGAGAAGAAAGUUAAAGAAGAAGAAGCAAUGCUAUCAGAAAUUGAAGAGGGUCAUGAGAGUCAGGUAUCUGAAUCUGAGAGUUGUGAAACAAUGUCAGAACCCGGCCAAGCAUCAGUUGAUGGCGAGGAAUAUGACCAGAGAAUGUUUGAGAUUGAUGAAAUAAUACGUCAAGCCCAAACCAAUGUAGAGAAGUUUGAUAAGACAAAGCCUGGAUAUGAAGGAGUACAACUGCAAGACAUUGUGAGCAAUGGUUCAGGAAGCAGCCGCGCAGAUCGCACUCCAAGUGUAGGGAGGGAAGAGGGAGAUGCUGACUCCCUAGAGGAGGCUCAGCUUCCUGAACUUGAUUUAGAUCAGUCAGCUCCUGGGGCAACUUCCACUAAGCAAGACGUAAUGACUCUUAGCACUGACAGCAUUGAAACACCAGUGAAACAAAAAGUUCCUCGGGAAACAAGUCAAGACUCAUUGGAAAAGGUUGUUAUCCGCACAUCAGACCCCAUGGCCACCAGUGUUGACAGCAUUGAUAUGGCCAGUCGACACGAUCCUAUGACCACCAGCAUAGACUCCCUGGAAGGCCGUCGCAGAGGACAAGACCCCAUGUCAGCCUCCACUGACUCCAUAGAUCCUUACCGCCGGGAUGUCAUGGCCACAAGUAUUGACAGUCUAGGCAAGGAUGAUUCCAGUGGACGAGAUGCUGACAUCAGUUCAGGUAGUGAGCAAGUAAGACCACUUCCCAGAGAUGGUUUGAUGGAAUGGAGUACUGAUUCUCUGGAGCCAACUUCAUCACAAGCAACACAUGCCAUCUAUCACCAGUAUGACACAGAUUCUAUUAUGUCUGGUUCUUUUGCCAGUGGCUGCUCUAACACCCUAGUUGCAUCCACUGAAGGGUUGCCAGACAUGAUGACCUCUUCCAUGUAUCUCCCUGAGGGGGAGUUGCCACCUCUUGAAGGUGAGGGACAGCACACUCACUAUGUGCACACCAGUAGUGGUUCAGCAGCAGAAACUGUGGCACCAUCCUCUGAGCCUGGCUUCUCUCAUUCAGUCACUAGAGUUGUUAAGUUACCACCAGAAGCACAUCAGGUUACUUUUACUGGCCCUGAUGCUCAAAAGAAGCUUGAGGAGUACAUCAAAGGAUUCAAUGCAGGCCAACAUUCAGUCCAAGACGAGACUGUUGAUGAUCAGGGCAAUGUACAUAUCCGCCGCGUCACCCAGACGCGUAUUGUUGCCGAGCCAGAGCGGACUCAGGAGCAUGGGUUCUCUGUCUCAGAACCCAGUACUGUGGAAACUGAGGAGUGCGAUGAGCAUGGCAAUGUGACUCGUGUUAUUCGUCGCACUGUUGUGACAAGUCACACCAUAGAAGUUGAUCUUGACACAGGGGAGCCCAUUGUCCAGGCGAGCUCCUCCACUCCUUCCAAAUCUUCUACCUCUGCUUCCACCUCCACCUCCAGUCCUUCCAUUUCCCGAAUACCUAGACCUGUGACCAGUCCUCCUCAAUCCCGAUCCCAACAACCUGGUCCGCCCCCUGGGUUGCGCGGCCCCUGUGAGCCUGUCCCCCCCUCCCUGGAGCCCAACACAGUAUCAGGUUUAGAUGUGGAAGAGAUGAGCAGUGGGAUGGAGGGCUAUGCCAGUGAUGGUAAUGACCCCAUGACCACUACUCAUAUCACCAGGUAUGACCCUGACCCUUUACCCAUCACCACCUCCACUACCACUACUACCACCACCACCACCACCAGGAUCAUCCGGAGAACGAAAGAAGAAGAUGGGGAAGUGAAAGAAGAAGAGGAAAUUUUUGAAGAAUAUUGAGGAAGACUAUGAGAAGGAAUCCAUGAAGAUGUUUUGCAAGAUGUGUUCCUCUCAGUCCUCCUUGUUUGUCCACCUGCCUUCUCACUUGCUAGUAAGCUGCUGCUGCUGCUAUUGCCAGCAGGACCAUCUCCUCCAACCCUCCACUUACAGAAUUUAGGAUUUUCUGAAAAGUCUCAUUUUCAUGUUCAUCAUCAUGCAGUCACUUUGACUGGUGGCGUUUACUUUCAUCAGCACUCUCCAUUUGUCUUCAUCUGGAGAUAAAUGUCUAACCAGAAAAAUAGAGCCAUUAAAAGAAUUCAUUGGCUCUGCAGUAGUAAGUGACAUCGGUUGUCAUAGGAUCUAGUCAGGGCAGAUUCAACAAGAAAAUACUUUUAUUAAUGAGUGAGAAAUUUUCAUGUUUAUCACCUUUUGUGUAUUGAUACAAAUAGUAUUCUCAACAACAAAAAAAAUCCAACUGUAAUACAAUUCUAAGAAAGCCAUUUUUAAAAGGUGUUUGUGAAGAAUCAUAAAAUGUAAAGGUGCACACACCCUCUUUCAGCUGUCAAGGUGUUUUUAGGUUAAGGUAUGUUCCCCUUGUGAUGUGGCAUGUUUCAUCCUAGUAUAUUAUAUCAUUACCACUACUUACUACUAAAGACAUGUCAAGUACCAUUGCUAAAUCUAUAGCCACAGGAUGAAAUAGGAGGCCAAGGGUUUAAUAGAAGCUAUGUAAUCAUUUUAAUAUUCAGGCUCUUAGAAUGGUAGAAUAUUAUUGUGGCUUAUAAACAUCCAAUUAUGGGCAUGUUGAUUGUAAGAUAGCUGGAAUAUUUACACAUAAAAUUGAUCUAUUCUCCCACAGAUUGUAUUUCUCAUGUCAACAAUUAGUUUCAAAAUAGAUUUUCAUGAGCUUGGCAUGGAAUUAUGAUAUGGUUCUAAGGAAUUGAUUAUUGAUUGUAGCUACUUGACACUUAGCUCAGAUCUGUUCUUGCCUUGUUCCCCCUCAUGGUCAUAACUGGAUGAACAAUAUGAUAAUGCCUUAGCACCUACUUCUAGAUUAUUCUCUGGCCAACAAUUGUUAUCUCUUUGUUCCCUUGAGUUGUGGCCUUGACUUAGGUUCCCAGCUGAAAGAAGGGCCAUGCUGAGAUAGUUCUAUGGCCCUUGUUCAGUCUAGUGUGCCUAAUGCAAGACUCGGUAGCUCCAAGUAUUGUGGUCACUUACCAAGUUUUCAAAUAAAUGCUUAAUGUGAAAA